AUCAACAUCUGGAUCUACUCUGUAUUCUAUAGUCUAUAUUCUAUAUCUAUAUCUGUAUCAGAACGAGAGUAAUAGAGAAAUGACCUCGCUGGUAGUCUGAUAGUGAUAGUCUUAUAGAACUCGCAAUGCUCGCAGCCAAGCAGCAGCGGCAGAGGUGGACGAUUGCCGAUUCCUACAAAUUCAUCAGCAGCUUCAGACGACCCUUCACGACCUACUACACAACAACCUCCUCCUCCUCACCCUCCCCACCCUCCACCACCACCUCCUCGCCCUCCCCUCCCCCUCCCCGCCUCCGCAUCCCCCUCCUCAACGCUCCAACCCACCUAGGCCACCUCUCGUCCCGCAGUAACAGACUCUACAACGAAGACCGCUACUGCGUCGGCGUCCUUACCGUCCCCGCAAACUCGACCCUCACCCCGCGCCGCUUCAAGGACUCGGACAAUCCCACCCGCCAGGUCUUUUACUACGGCGUCUUUGACGGCCACGGCGGCGCCCAGUGCAGCGAGUUUCUGGCGCAGAAUCUGGCGUCGUAUAUCGAGACUGUGAAUAUCAAUUCCGGUGAGGAUCUAGAGCAGGAGUGGCGCGAAAACGUGGGAGGGUACUGGGCGCGAUGGAAGGGCCAUUUCGAGAAAUACAAGCGGCAGCUCACCAGCGAUAGCGACCUCCUCCUCCGCGUCCCCCUCGCCUUCCUCCAGGCAGACCUAGACUUCAUCAACUCCACCCGCCCCAGCGGCUCGACCUGCACCACCGCCAUGAUCUACAACAGCAACCCCGCGAUCCCCUACUUUGCCGGCGGCGAAUCCCACCUCCUCAUCGCCCACGUCGGCGACACCCGCUGCGUCAUCUCCGACGCCCGCGGCCUCGCCAUCCCGCUCACCGCAACCCACCACCUCUCCUCCCCGAUCGAAUCAAACCGCCUGCGCCGCUACUCCGCCAGCUUCUUCACCGACUCCUUCGGCGAGGAACGCUUCGGCAACGUCGAAAACACCCGCUCGUUCGGCGACCUCCCGAUGAAACGCCUCGGCGUCUCCGCCGAACCUGACAUGUCGUCAUACACCCUCAACUCCAAAACCUCCGACUCCGGCUUCGGCGGCAGCGAGCCCUUCCUCGCGCUCGUCUCCGACGGCGUCUCGAAAUUCGUCUCGGACCAGGAAAUAGUCGACAUCAUCACCUCGAUCGGCUACCGCUCCGGGUCCGGCCGGGGCACUCCGCAGGACGCGGCGCGCGAGGUGGUUAAUUAUGCCGAGGACGUCGGGGGUGAUGAUAACGCGACAUGUAUCGUCGUCAGACUUGCCGGGUGGGGAAAUUGGAUGAAGCCGGUGGAUAGGACUGGUGAUUUGCGGGUGUAUAGGUUGAAGGAUGCUAUGGAUCGGAGUAUCAGAGGUCGUUGAUCUGUGUUCUUGAAUAGCUAUAAGCUC